AUGCAACCACCAAGGAAACAAAUCAAGCUAGGGAGUAGUAGCUCCAAUGCAAGAGCAGCAAUACCAACAUCACCACAUUCCAUUGAUGCAAAUCAAGAACAUGUGGAGAGUCCAAGAAGAGAAGAUGAUUGGGCACUUGAAGCUUGGCUUGAGCAAGCUAUUCAAGAUAGAGUGCAGCGAGUACUCAAUGCUAACAAGGAGUUCCUCUCCACAGUAGCUCUUGCCUUUCCCAACCACAAUGGAGACCAACCAGCUGGUGAUGGACUCCUACUCUUCAAGAUAGGCGAUGCCAAUGGGCGCAUCUCCAUCUCAGCUCUAUGCCAACUCUUUGGACUUCCCAAUGAGACAGCACAUGACUUCAAGGAGAACUCAAAGAGGAAACAAGCUGCCUUUGCUGAUUGGACACACUUUGCCAAUGAACCAUUCUUGCCUUCAAGAUCAAAGGUGUCUAGAAUCACUCAUCCAGCCAUUCGCUAUGUGCACCGCCUCAUCUCCACCACUUUCCAAUGCAAACAAGAAGCCAACAAGGUCACAACCGAUGAGUUCUACAUCCUCACCACACCAUUCAUCAAGCAUGAGUACAAGGCCAACCUUGGCCUUUGCUUGCCAAGACACUCAUCAAUGUGA